UUCACCGGUCGGCCCGAGUAUAUCUUGAAAGAGGUGAAAAGAUGUCAAUAAGCCCAGGGGUUCGUUUAUCUCCCUCAGCGAUCCAGGGCGCGGUUUGUUUUCCCAGGAACGGGGUGUACUAUGUAUGUACGUCCACAACAGAAACCGAAAAAAAAAAGUAUCCCCGUCACCCAGCAACUCCCCGGUAGCACGCGAGUGAUAUCUGACCGUCGACGGCCGCCCAACAGACAACAGAUGAGGAGGUCUCAUUCGUUGGUCAUCACACAGACCCUUUCCCCCGGCCACUGCUUACUGUGUAUGAAGCAGCUCUGUCGUGCCCUGGCGCGGGAUAUACCGCUCGCCAGAGAGGCUGUGCAGCGUUGUCUAGCGCACGCAUGGCUUCUCUCAUCCAUACCGCGACAUCCAGCAAGGGAGGAUCUCGCAAGCUAGGGCUGAUUCUGUGGAAUCUGCCGAAUCGAUCCAAAAAAAAGAAAAAAGAAAAAAAAAAA